CUUUGUUACCGAAAGCAUAGUUAGUAGAGGGGACUGGUUGUGAAACUCGGCAAACUUCAAAGGGCCAGCCUUUUGUUUCGCGUUUGAGGUUGAAUUGCACCAUCACGUGACAUUGACCGUGCACACGCCAAACUCAUUCCCAAACAAUAUGGCGGACAAGAACGAUUUGUUUAUCAUUCGAGAUGAUUUUGACGCUAUUUUAGGUAUUUUGGAAGAAGAAGAAGAGCUUGGUGAACAGUCUAGAGAAGCUGCAGUUGAAGUUCAACUUGAAAACGUGUGCGAACUGUGCCACAAGAAAUGCAAAAGUAAGAGCGGACUAAAACGACACAAGACAGAUAAACACAAAGAUACGAGAGAUGCUGAGAAGCAAAAAGAAGGAGGACAAGAGAGCUAUUUAACUUUUAUAGCUCAUUCAAGAAUUGUCGAAAAAGCUAAACACAAAAUUGCUGACAACAAAAUCUAUCCAAAAUCAAUGAGAGACGAACUAAGAUGCUAUACCUACAACAACGGUCUGCAAGACGUAACAGCUGGAUUCUGUGAUAUUGAAGACCUAUAUAAACGCUUGAUAACGUCUGGAAAUGCUGAAAGAUUAUAUUCUUCCUUCUACUCGACCAUAGCUCUGAAUGCAGUUAAGCAUUUUGAGGGAUUAUCAAGGAACGCUGCUACAGUACACUAACUAUGCCGAAAGAACCCAGUUAAAUGCAGCGCAUGCGUAGUAAG